UGCUCGGUCUGAUGUUGUACUGUCUGUGGAGGAAGAAGAAGAAGAAGAGCCAGAGCCAGUAUGAAGAGCUGCUCUCUACAGUGCCUUCAGUACCAGCAUGCUCUGCUCCGGUUAUCCUGGUGUCUCAGGGCUCCUGGGCCACGCCCUGUGAGAUCCCUUUCACCCUACCUCCUCGCUUCACGACACAAAACCAGGGUGACCUGAAAAACGAGGAGAAGAAAGAGGACGAGGAGAUAAAGAUGGAAGCACCGAGAGACAUACUAGCCCAUCGUGGGUCACUCUCAGUAAGCAGAUGGUAUCCGGUAGGGUCAGUGCUGGCUGGUCUCUACUCUGUCCCUCCUCUGAACGAGGUGGUGGCCCCUCCACCCGGCAUGGCCACCCGUCUCUGCUUCUCCGUGGAAUAUCGACACAGCAGCGAGCAGCUCAUGGUCUCUUUGCUCCGCCUGGGCAACCUCCCUCCACGUUUCCACGGAAACGUCACACUGGUGGCGCUCCGGCUUCUUCCUGACGACCGGCGUCCUCGUCAGGCAAAAGCCCGGGGCACGGGGCCCGACCCGGAGUUCAACGACUGCUUUGUUUUCCAGGUGUCGGGAGUGUGUGUGCCUCAGAGCACCCUGAGCGUUUGUGUGCUGAGCGUGGAACAAGACGGCAAACGCCAUGCGGUGGGCAGAGUGUUGUUUCCCCUGGAAGGGGAGCUCGGUCAUGCCGGCAGGGUGCUGUGGAGGGACCUGGAGAAAGAGGACGACACACAGUGUUCAGAGCUGGGUGACGUGCAGAUUUCUCUCAGCUACAGUCCAACUCUGCAGCGCCUCUCUGUGGUGGUCCUGAAGGCUCGAGGCCUACAGCUGCUCACUGAUGCAGGUGUGUGUGUCCAGGUGAGCUUACAGAUACACACUCAAGUGGUGAAGAUCAAGCGCAGCUGUGAGGUGAAAGGCGAAAGCGACCCGUAUUUCAGCCACAGGAUGACCUUUAAACUCCGCUCGCAGCACCUGGACGAGGCCUGUCUGAGAUUUGAGCUGCAGCAGCCAAACGACGUCCGCUCAGAGCCUCCAGCCUUACUGGGAGUGCUGGUGUUGGGUCCCUUCAUGUACGCCAGAGGCCCGCAGCUGCAGCACUGGAUGGACAUGGUCAACACACCGCAGGAGCCGGUCAAACUGUGGCACGGACUGUGCAGGGCCACCUAACACACAAAUCACACACACAUGAUGUUUAUAUACAAAACAAUCACUUGCAUGAAAUGCACAUUUCUGACAUUAAUUUGAGGGUCAUUACCUCUAAAUUAAGAUCCUUUAAUAAUCACACUCAUCUGGAUCAUCUCAAUCAUCAUUUUUGUUAUUACUGAAUGUCUAUAAUGUAUCCUUUGGGUUUAUACUAAGCAACAACUAAACCAAUGUCAUCUGUAUGUGACUAAAUGUCACUGAAAAUAUGUGUACAAACAGCCACGGCAAUACAU